AAAGUGAAAGGGUCUGAAUACUCUUCCGAAGGCACUAUAUUUUUAGUUUUAAGUUGAGUACACAAUAAAAGAUUUAACGUCGCAGUUGUUUAAACUCUUACACAAAGCAGUUCCAUUACAGUUUUAUUCCCAAGAUCUCCUCCUCCCCAAUAUCAGAAGGGACUAACACUUAAAAAACUCAAAUGAAAACAUGUAUUAUCUAGGCUCUAAGCGUUCCAACCCGCAUAACAUACGAAACUGUAUGGUCAGCAGAUAUUGAGAUUUGCUUUAAAAUAAUAUCCCUAGACCAAAUUAAAAUGCUAUUUCCUUUUCCACUAUCAUGAUAUAAGUGUAUACGCUACAGAUUCGGGAAAUUGUACGUUGUUGCCACACCCGUCACUGUAUCCGUCAUUAUUUAACAUCCAAGGACAUUAUUUUUUUUAACUGCGAAGGUCCGGAACAAAGGAAUAGUCUACUGUACACGAAAGCAUAUCUUUCCUUUGGCAACAGGUAACAGUCGAUGUCAAUUAGAGGGGUAUCCUUUACCUGGCCGGCGUGCGCAUGCAUUACCGUGAAGAGGAACUACGCAGCAUAGCAGCUUCCCCCGGUGUGACCAUCAAGGACUUCAGGGAAUCAAACGGAAACCUGUGCGGAGCCCCCUCUCCGACUGCCCUGUCAACGCUCAAGCUGGGGAAGCUGCGUGUUGUGCGCCGGCGGCUGCUGCAGCACUAUGAGCACCAGCCCUUUGUCUCAUGCCUGGCUGGCCUCUAUGGCUGUCAAUGGAGACGCUACCAGAGGACCCGAGCCACCCCGGGGGACUGCUGCUGCAGCAAGGUGGAGUGUGCCAGCUUACUUCUCCUAAUCGUGACGUUUGGUCUUUCACUGGUAUUCCUCUACUUCUGGAGUGAAGCUCAGAAUGACUACAAUGAUUUUGACUGGUUUAACUUUGGGAACCUGGGUUUCUGGUUCCCAUGGUCUGUGGUGCUGUUGGUCAUCACUGCCAUCUUCUUCAGCUAUGUCACUCUGCUGUUGCUGUUGGCUGUGUGUUUGCUGUCCGAGGGGCAGAAGCUGUACCUACACUGGGCCCACAAGAUUGGAAUCCUGGUGAGUCUAAUCUUCUCCAUUGUAGCAACAGCAGUACUGUCUGACCUGUGGAGCAAACAGUGGCGCACUAUCCUACUGUCUUUCCAGGUGACGGCCCCAUAUUUACAUGUGGGAGGAGUCUUGGUCAUGACACUCUUGUCCUGGCCAAUAGCCUUGCAUUUCUUCCGCAUCAAUAGAAAAGUUGUGCGGGCGCUGAUCUUGGGGCUCUACCUGGCAGUGCUGUGUGCCCUCUACAUAGUGCCCCUGGGCAUGUAUUCACCUUGUCUUAAAGAAAAGGGUACUCUAGGCCCUGCGCCAGCUCUCAUCGGGCAUCGAGGGGCACCCAUGCUUGCUCCAGAGAACACUCUCAUGUCCUUUGAGAAGGUGGUGGAGGCUGGAGGAGAAGGUCUGGAGACUGAUGUCACCAUCAGCUACGAUGGGGUACCCUUUCUGAUGCAUGACAAGACCUUGAAGAGAACCACCAAUGUCCAGGAGGUGUUCCCAAACCGGACUGACACCAAUGCUGCUAUGUUCACCUGGGGGGAAUUAGAAACUCUCAACGCGGGGGCCUGGUUCCUACAGCGCGACCCGUUUGGUACGGCCUGGUCUCUGGGCGACAGGGACAGGAAGCAGGUCCAGAACCAGUCUGUGUGUACCUUCAGGGACUUCCUGGAGCUGGCGGCGCAGAGGGGCAAACAGGUGAUCUUUGACCUCUACCGGCCCCCUUCGGGCCACCCUUACAGGGACACAUGGAUUACCCGCACCCUGGAGGUCAUCCAGAACCAGUCUUCUAUCCAGUCACACCAGGUGCUCUGGCUGCCCCCAGAGCUGCGGAGCUUGGUCCAGGAGAUGAACCCUGACCUCCAGCAGACCUCGGGGUCUCAUGCGUCAGUGGAGGAGCUGCAGCGGAUGCACAUUGUCAAGCUCAACCUGCACUACAGCUCCAUGUCCACAGAGAUGAUCAGUGAGUAUGCAGUAGCCAACAUCAGCACCAACCUGUAUGUGAUAAGCCAGCCUUGGCUGUACUCUCUGGCCUGGUGCUCCGGGGCUCAGUCUGUCACCACCAACGCCCUUCAGCUCCUCAACAACCUCACCAGACCCCUCUUCCUCAUGACUCCAGAUGAGUACAAUCUGAUGUGGGUCCUAACUGAUGUGAUUUCCUUCAUACUCAUCUUCAUCAUCCUCAUCUUCCACUGGUGGCGUGAACGGGGCUUACUGGCUUCAUGUUCAGGCAGCAAACCCACUCUAGAACAGGGCACCUACAGCAAGUUCAGGACUGAGAUGAGUGAUGUGUGGUCUGUCUCCAGUGUCAACAUCCUGGGAGAGCCCGCUCAAAGCCCGCUGGCCAUGGGGCCAAACCUGGCAACCAUCUCAGAGCACUGAACAUCUAACCAACCUCGUCUGUGAGGCGAUCGUCUGAGAAACUGGGAAACUUCCUGGUGCACCAAGUAGCAACCCUCCUUAAGUUUUAGUAAGCAAAACAGAUACAUACUGAAUGAGAAAUUAUCCAAUGACAAGAGGCCCAUCUCUUCAGUCAGUGGCGCAGAUAAUGUCUCUUGCAUGAAGGAUUUCAUUGGACAUACACAUUCAUUGGACACAGCCUCAAGGAGCAUACAUGUAACUAACACUACUGCUCAUAACAAUGGUGGUUAGAAGAGAAUACUGUGCUAUUGAACCACACCCAUUGAGAUUGAUUACUGCCUUCCUCUGUUUAGAAAUAAUUUUCUGUUUUUGCAGCCAUUGCAGUGUUGGGGUAUGUGAAACACCAACGCUACACCAUGUCAUUAGAAUGUUAGACUGAUGAAUUAUAUAUUUAUAUGAACAGUCAGAGUUCAGUUCAUGUGUGUUUGGCUGGAUUGAGCUUUUCUACUGUAAGGAAAUCAAUGAAGUAAUGACAGAUGUGUUCACUCUGCCAGUCUGGGAUGUAUUUCCAAUCAAAGUGUUUAUCUACCACUUCCAUGAGCCCUGUUUCCUGACCUUGUUUAGAUUUAAAUUGGGCCCACAUUGUAUAAAGUCUCUCAUCUGUCCACUGUGUGCACUCCCUGUAAGAAAAUUAUUGGACAGAUAUUAUUUAAAAAACAAUGUUGCUACCUGUCUGCACUUCAAGGGGUAAUCCACCUCCAGAAACACACAUAAUGACACUCCUAUUAAUGGUUUUCAGAAUGAUUUAACAUCUUAAGAGUCUGUGAAAUCUAGUGUAGUAAGUCAUAGCUAGAGUAUACAUUAUUGUUGCUAUUACUACUAUUACAUUGAUUAAUGCUUUAAAAAUAAUUACCAAUGACCUAAUCACCCAGUAGGUUGUAAGGAUAUAUAUACAGUGGGUAGAACAAGUAUUUGAUACACUGCCGAUUUUG